AAGGCCACCCCUCCCCACUGCUGAGGCAGGGUCCCAUAUCCAGAUUGCACAGAAGACUCCAGCCAAGCACACUGACAGCAAGUUCCACUCUAUUGAGUGACAGAAGAACAAACUAAAGAAUGUUGACUUUAACAUCCCUCCUCACGAUGUGUAUGGUGGGACUGUUGGUGACGUGGGGUUGGCUGCACUGGAAAUAUCACAAGCUUAUCAGGGCUGUCAGCAAACUGGAAGUACCUUUUUUCAGUUUCCCAUUUCUGGGACACAGUCCCUACACUCUACUAGGACAUGAAGGAAUAACAGGACGGAUUUUAAAAGGGGGAGUGGAAAUGCUGGAACGUGGAGGACCACUAUUGACAUGUUUAUGGAUUGGUCCUAUUCCACUUCCAAUAAUUGGUGGGGUAAAAAACAUACAGAAAAUUCUAAACAGUUCGUGUACUUCAGAAAAGGCAUAUGAAAUGGCCUACAUUGAUCCAUUUGUGUAUCAUGGAUUACUAACUGCUCCUGGUCAUAUUUGGAAAAUAAAACGGCGACAUAUUAAUCCUCUGUUUCAUCCACGCAAUCUUGAGCUGAUGUUGCCAACAUUCAACCGAAAUAGUGAAGAAUUUGUGACAAACUUGUCCAAACACGUUGGCAGUGGACCGUUUGAUGUGAUGCAUAAUGUGAUGGACACGGCUCUCAAAACUGUUUGCAAUCUAAUAUUUGGGCCAGAUAUAGAAUUCGACACAGAAUCUCAAAGCUUCAAAAAUCUUCGAUGUAUUGUGGAGAGGAUCCUAGAAAUAUUUAUCAAUCGAUUAACUCGAUUUUGGUUGAGAUUUGAUGUCAUAUUUGAAUUUCUUUAUUGGAAGGAAAUAAAUGAGAUGAACAAGCUUUGGCAGGAAUUUACUGAGCCUCUUUUAAGGAUAGCAAAGAGUAAAUGGGAAAAUAAAAAUCAAGUUAAGAAACAAAUUGAAAAUGAUUCUACGAACAAUUCAACUGACAAGAGUCCAGAACUGUUAAACCUACUUGAUGUCCAUGGCAUUAUGGAGCAAAAAUUCCCUGAAUUUACAGAAACUGAUCUAAAAUAUGAAAUGAUAACACUUUAUGUUACGGGAACUGACUCAAUAGGAGGAGCAAUGUCUACAUGUUUACUCUUGCUGGCCCAAUACAAGGAUAUUCAGGAUCGUCUCUAUCAAGAAAUAGCAGCACCAGACAAUAUAGAAAAGGAUGUUACGAUGGAAGAUAUCAAAAAGUAUACAUACUUGGACCAAGUGUACAAAGAGACCUUGAGAUGGGCCAACAUUGUCCCAGUAGUGGCAAGGAGGACAACGGAAGAUCUUGUGCUAGAUGGUGUGACAAUACCAGCUGGUUACACGUUGACAGCUGCUAUGAUAGGCAACCACUUAGACCCAAAGAUCUUCCCAAAUCCACUAACUUUUGAUCCAGAGCGAUUCUCUUCUGAAAAUAAUGCAGAACGAGAACCAUACUCUUUCUUGCCUUUCAGUGGGGGUUCGCGAAACUGCAUUGGUCAACAUUAUACUAACAUGUUGAUGAAGGUCAUGUUAGUUCAUAUUUUGAGAAGGUACAAAAUAUCUACUGUCAAAGACGUUCACAAGUUGAGGAGGAAAAUGGUGAUAACUCUGAUCAGUGUGGAAGGAUACGAAAUAAUUUUGGAAAACAGAGAGCAUUAAGAAUACAUUUUAAAUUGACUUUUGUGCCUUAAUGGAGUACUUUUCCAUCUUAAAGUAAAACCAUGUACUUUAGGUUUUAAAUGGUGAAUGAGGCAAUGAAGCUUUGAGUUGUGAAGCUUCAUCUUUAUUUAUGGGUUUACAUUUUAGAUUAAAUUUGUACUGCAUAGAA